UCUAUAUCUAAAUGUUAAAUCUAUAUCUAAAUGUUAAAUCUAAAUCUAAAUGUUAAAUCUAUAUCUAAAUGUUAAAUCUAAAUGUAAAUCUAAAUGUUGAGUUGACAUGUUAGACUCGAGGAUCGAACAUUCCCAUAUUUACGGUAAUUGUGUUCCCGUUGUGUAACAACGCAUGGAGAAAGCGCGGUAUUUUAGUCACUUCAUGCUGCAAGGCAAGAUGGCCAGUCCUGAACUAGCCCUUGUCAUAGAGCGAGCUGUUGCAGCUGGCGUUAGGGCGGCCCUCCAAGACCGACCGACGCCUACACCAGGAACAAGUCUCGUCGCAACAGACACCACAUCAUUGCCGUCGGUAUCAGCAGUGAUUUCAUCACCAAGUACAGCGACCACAUCACAGAGAUCGGUACCUCUUCCAUCUUUUCCCCAACGAAGUGGUGCAAGACCGGGGUUAAUAAGACGAAGACCUUACAAAACAUUCACAAAGGACAUUGUGUGUUUGCCUUGGUCGACAAACACAAUCUUCUCCAUACCAAGAGGAGACACCAGAACGAAAUUAGCGGAAGAUGGCCUCAUUGGCAAAAUAUCAUUUUCAUCCGAGUGGUCUGAAGUCCAAUUAAAAUUGGAAAUAACAGCCAUCUUUAGAGCCACGUUCGGAUUGUCGGAGAACCAGGAAUUCCCAUUUGAAUAUUUAUGCACCAUAAAGGGAUGUAAAAAACUGAUGAAACCCAAGGUCACCAACUCUUUUCCAUGGGGAGGAAAAGAAGUUGCGUCCAUCUGCUCAAACACAUGCCUGUACAUUUUAGCAGGAAUGCAGAGACCUGCCGAGGAGGAAUUUAUAGCAGUGUCUGAUGACAGUGACUUUGAAGAUCCUGCACCACGGAGAAGGAGAGCCCUGUGGAUUAUGAGGAAGAUGAAGCUGUGGAUGAGGCCAUAAGACGCAGUCUUUUGGAAGAGUCGGUCUUGCUUGAUUCAAGGUCUUCAGAAGUUUUGACCAGAGAAGAGAUAACUGGAAUUCUGAAAGCACAUGCCGAAAUGGUUGUUACCCCAACGCCGAGACCAAUCUUCAUAAGCCGGAGUAAUGUUUGGACCACUGCCUUUCGGCAAUUCAACA